AAACAUAUAUGUUUAAAUAUAUGUAUAUAUUGAUAUAAAAAUGACGGACAAUCUAGUGCGUGUGUCUGGUGUUCAAGAACAAAGAGUUUAAUAAUAUUUUUUAAUUUUUAUUUAAAAUAUCGAAGCAUUGAUAAUUAUCAUAUGCGAAACACGACAAAAGUGCACUUCAAUCUUUUCCUUACGCCAAUUCGCAAAACGAACAUCUUGUACAAUUUCGAUAUAUUUGAUAUAUUCGAUAUAUAAUUCGAUAUAUAGAAAAUUCUUUUGGAUAUUCAACGAACGAUUUUAAUAACGACAAGAUGACGUGCGGCAUAUCGUGUGUCGAUAAGACACUAAACAAAUCAUUUUAUCACCUGGGCAUUUGCAUAGCCAAACAUCCGGGCUAUUUUGUCAUUAUACCCGUGAUGAUAACGCUGCUCUGUAUGACCGGCUAUCAGCAGUUAAAGUACCAAAUCGAUCCCGAAUAUCUGUUUUCGCCCAUCAAUGGCGAGGGUAAGGCCGAGCGUGCGCUUGUUGAGCAAUAUUUCAAAGUGAAUUAUACGCAUCGCUUCAAUGUAGGACGCAUUACCAGACCGGGUCGAUUUGGUCGCGUUAUUGUUAUACCAAAAGAUGGCGAUGAGAAUAUGCUGCGCAGAGAGAUUUUUAUGGAGCUACGACAGCUAGAUAAUCUCAUACAAAAUGCGACAACCACAUAUGAUGGCGAUACCUUUACCUAUAAGGAUAACUGUGCUCGCUGGGAGAAUGAGUGUUUCGAGAAUGAUAUCUUAAACCUGGACGCCCUGAUGGAUGAUAUCGAAUCGGGUCAAUUGAACUUAACAUUUCCCAUCAUGUUUAAUCCUGUGACAUGGGAUGCUCACGCCUUUCCAGUAUUCUUUGGUGGCACAAAACUAACCGAAGAUAAUUAUAUCAUAAGCGUGCCAGCUAUUCAACUAGUUUACUUUAUCACUGCUGAUACAAAACGUCAAGAUGCCAAGGGCGGUGAAUGGGAGGAGACCUUUCUGAGAGUCGUGGGCAAGGCUGAAGAUUCGGGCAUGUUUAAGCAUAUAUCGAUUUCCUACUUUGCCUCACGAACUCUGGAUCAUGAGUUGGAAAAGAAUACCAAGACCGUAGUGCCUUACUUCAGCUCUACCUUUCUGCUCAUGGGCUUGUUUAGCAUCAUCACCUGCAUGAUGGGCGAUGCGGUCCGGUCGAAACCUUUCCUCGGCCUGAUGGGCAAUAUCUCAGCUAUAAUGGCCACCUUGGCUGCUUUUGGCUUGGCCAUGUACUGCGGCAUCGAGUUCAUUGGAAUUAAUUUAGCAGCACCUUUUCUAAUGAUUGGCAUUGGCAUCGACGAUACGUUCGUCAUGUUGGCCGGCUGGCGACGUACCCCGGUCAAGAUGCCCGUCCAUGAGCGCAUGGCCCAUAUGAUGUCAGAGGCUGCGGUUUCGAUUACCAUAACAUCAGUCACGGACUUCAUUUCUUUUCUAAUUGGCAUCAUCAGCCCGUUCCGCUCGGUCAAGAUCUUUUGCACCUACUCCGUGUUUGCCGUCUGCUUUACAUUCAUGUGGCACAUCACUUUCUUUGCCGCCUGCAUGGCCAUAUCUGGGUACAGGGAACGCAGAAAUCUUCAUGCUAUAUUUGGCUGUAAAGUAAAGCCCAUGUCGGUGGCCAUUAAAGAGAAACGCAAUUUCCUCUACAAGGCGAUCAUGGCUGGCGGAAUUGAUCCCAAUGAUCCCGAUAAUCCCAUAGACAACAAAGAUCACAUGUUCAUGGCCUUCUUCAAGGACAAACUGGCAGCGGUCAUCAACAACAAAUGGUGCAAGAUAAUCAUUAUUCUGGCCUUCGUCAGUUAUCUAGCUGGAGCUUGCUAUGGCGUUACCCAAAUCAAAGAGGGGCUAGAAAGGCGCAAGCUGUCACGGGAGGAUUCCUACUCAGUGGAGUUCUUCGAUCGUGAAGAUGACUACUACCGCGAGUUUCCUUACAGGAUGCAGGUUAUUAUUGCAGGCCCAUUGAAUUACUCAGAUCCCGAAGUACAAGAGCAAGUGGAGAAUCUGACCAGCACUUUGGAACAUACCUCUUAUGUUACCUCCUCCCUAUAUACCGAAUCGUGGCUGCGUUCGUUCCUCUCCUUUAUGGACCGCAAUAAUGACUAUCUGAAUGAGACGAUCGAUGAUGAGCAAUCGUUUAUUGAUGCAGUCAAGGAGCACUGGCUAUUCCCUGGCAAUCCCUUCGCACUGGAUGUGCGUCUCAAUCCGGAGGAGACACAGAUCAUUGCCUCGAGGUUCCUCAUACAGGCUGUCAAUAUAACGGAUACGAAUCACGAAAAGGAAAUGGUGCGAGACUUGCGUCAAAUAUGCAAGGACUCGCCGCUGAAUGCGUCCAUCUUCCAUCCGUACUUUGUGUUCUUCGAUCAGUUUGAGCUCGUGCGUCCCGUUUCACUGCAGGCCAUGGUCAUCGGCGCGAUCAUCAUGAUGAUCAUCUCAUUCAUCUUCAUACCCAAUAUUCUCUGCUCAUUGUGGGUGGCCUUUUCGGUCAUAUCCAUUGAGCUGGGCGUCGCUGGCUACAUGGCGUUGUGGGACGUCAAUCUGGACUCGAUAUCCAUGAUUAAUCUGAUCAUGUGCAUUGGCUUCUCUGUGGACUUCACCGCCCACAUUUGCUACACCUAUAUGUCGUCGAAGAAGCGCAGCCCCAAAGCACGCGUACGUGAGGCUCUCCAUUCACUCGGACUGCCCAUUGUGCAGGGUUCCAGCUCCACGAUCCUGGGCAUUAUAGCCUUAUUACUGGCCCAGAGCUAUAUCUUUUUGGUCUUCUUCAAAAUGGUUUUCCUUGUCAUCUUCUUUGGCGCUAUGCACGGUCUGUUCUUGUUGCCUGUGCUGCUGUCGCUCUUUGGACCCGGCUCUUGGCUGACGUGGACGGGCCGUGACGAUGGCUCCGAUGCGGAGGUGGAUGACAGUGCUGACGAUAUGAAGCUGGCAAAUGUGUUGGAGAAACCCUUUGCUCAGUCUUACUACAUGCAGUAUCCCAGCAUGGGUCUCAACGGGCCAUAUGCCUAUGGCUCGAAGGGUUUCCUGGGUGCGCCCUACAAGGCUUAUGGCGGCGAUGAGAAGGACCAGGGCCUGGGCACCUCUGGCGAGGACUCAUCGGAAAGCAGCUCCAGUCGCUCACAGCGCCGCCAACAGCUGGCAAAUAACGCCGCUGCCGUCGAGAAGGGCUGGCGGCACUCCAGCUAUCAGAAUAUUUAUGGCAGUGGCGCUGCACAAUUCCAGCCACAGCCCGAUCUCUAUGGCCAGCAGGUGUCGGCGGCCGAGUGGCGACAACGGCUCGACGCCCAUGAGCAGCAGCAUCAGCGGAAUAAGCAGCGACGCAAUCCGUAUGAGAACUACGACCAAGACAUGCAGCGGCCAAUUCGUCGCAAUUCCCAUGGCGAUGUCAUCGAUCUCCACACGCCCACGCCCAACUCGUCGCUGGACGAGCGCAUGAGGCGGCAAUACCAGCAGGCUCUUAGCGCUGGCAGCGGCGAUGACAGCAGCUAUCGCCAGCAGUCCGAGCAGAAUCCAGCUCCAUUGGCCAACAGCUCGGCGAAGCGCUACCAUCGCCGUCGCUCGUCGGAGGACUCGACCCGCUACCAUCAGCGUUGGCCGGCGAACAUUGAGGAGCGUCGCGCUCGACGCGCCCAUUCGCCUAGUCAGCGACACUCGCAGUCGCAUUCGUAUACCGAAACUGCCGCCGUUGCCGCCAACUUCGCCCAUCGCUCGUCGUCGCACCACAAUCUCUAUCAGCCGAGCAGCAAGGCCACGCACCAACCGCCCACAUAUCAAUAUGGGGACUACUAACAUUCCUUCGCUUGAAGCACGAAGUCGCGAGCUUCGACUUGCUAGUGGAUGACAUAAAAUGAACAA